UUGAGUUUUAUUGUUCCACAGAAAAUGGUGCUGCGGGACGACGGUCGUGGAAUUUGCACCAUUAAUUCGUGGUUUUUGCUAUUUUCGAGUGCAUUCACAUUGUUAAUUGCUUGAGCAAACGGUGUCGUAGUUUAUUCGUUAGCUGUGAAAUCGUGUUUUAUUUACAUUUGUGGUCAUUUCAUCAAAGUAAAGGACGGAGUUUAGAAGAUACAAAAAGGCAGUGCUGAAAUUUCCAAGCAGGAAGCACCCUCAACAGCAGCAGCCAGGCAGGCGAACUCCGUCAUCAUCGUCUUUUGAUUGCGCUUAAGCUUGUGUGUGCAUGUAUUGGAAUUGCUUGAUCAGACUGGCCAUAUGAGUAGAAACAUGACAAUUCCGUCGAGACCUGCGCCUCCGCCACCCCAGGCGGCGUCCAAUAAUACCACACGGUACAGUCCAGCCACCAACUGGGAUGACACACCAUUCAGUCCGCCGAGUGGGGUUGGAAUGACCGCCAUCAGACAGGCGCCGUUUCCAGUGAAUAGUCACAUAAAUCAAAAACCCAAGAAGGCACCGCCUCCAAGACCACCACCACCGAAAGUCGUCCCCGCACUGAAGAAACCCGGCCAACCGCAGUCCAUAAACAUCCUGUCCAACCUAUUUGGUCAAAAACGAAAUCACGCUGGCCCGAAGCCUCCGAUAGCACAGAAAGGUCAAAUUCCGGUAAAAUUACCGCCACCACCAAAGCUACCACUACCGUUGGGUCAUCACGGGCAUAAUUACGGAUCGACAGCGUCGACCCCAAGCAGCAGUGGUCAUGGUCCUUCGAAUGGGACCACUGACCUUCAGCUUAUCAGCUUUGACUCACCUCCCAGUUCGCCAACCUUUACCCAGAAAUCCUGCAGCGACUGUAUCAGCGUGGAUAGCUUCAGUUCCGAUUCGAACUAUUCAUCUCCAAACAAUGGCAGUAUGUCGCAAACCGAGAGUGGCUUUGAGGAUGACUUCGUCAGCCAAAGCGAGAGCCAACGGGCGAACAGGACAACACCGGCUGCGACGAAAGAUUUGUGGGAUCUUUCCGACCCGUUCGGAAUGCCUCCACCGUCAACCAAAUUUACCAGCAGCCAUAACAUUUACGCACCGCUCAGUUCCGCAACGAUACGAGCUCCUGCUGUGAACAGUAAGCUGUACGAAUCCGAAUUCGUUGAUCCACUUUGCAAUGGUAAAACCGUCGCACCCAAAGUACAAACCGUCGCAAUGCCAACCAUAAUUAAAAGCAGCGGCAAUGGUAGCCAAAAGUCCAGCCCAGCAUUGAAACCGAAACCUGUGGUAGCACCAGUGCAUCCAGUUUGGGCAACCGCCGGCUCUAAACCACCUGCUCCGUUGCCCAAUUUCCCUCAGAACAACGCAACCAACAGUUUCGAUGAUGGUGAGGAAUCGUUAGAUUCGUUACCAUCACCUCCGAUGCCGAACAUUCCACCGCCUCCACCACCUGUUUGCGUGGAACCGGGCGCCAGCCUCGAGGAACCCUACGGCAUUGCGAUGUACGAUUUUAACGGGGAAACGGAUGAGGAUCUCAAUUUUAAGACCAACGAAAAGAUCUACCUGCUGAAGCGUCUGGACGACGAGUGGCUGCUCGGGCGCAACCGGCGCGGCUGUGAGGGUAUGUUCCCGGCCAACUACAUUGAGGUGAGGGUACCGCUGACCGGAGAGCGACUAGCCAGCGCCAGUCCCAGCGCUGGACGGCACGGUGAUAUUAGUUCCAGUAAAACCGAUAGCUUUAACCAUUCACAAGUGCGAGUCUUGUACAACUUCAACGCCGAAGCUCCAGAGGAUCUGACGAUUGCGGAAAAUGAGUACGUGACCGUGUUGUACCGAAUAAACGCGGAGUGGUUGUUCGGUGAACUGUAUGGCCAGCGCGGUCAGUUUCCGGCUAACUUUAUCGAGUGCGUUCCGCCGAAUCUACCUCCGAUGCCGGCCAGCAGCAGUGGGAACUGAUAGAGAUGAUUCAGAUUAAUAAAAUUGUUAUAGACUACCUUGUGCUUGUGGAAGCCACAGCUGCAAUUGUGAUUGAAACUAAAUUAUUCGGCCUCUCGUGCCGGGGCCAGCUGGAAGGGCCACAAAUUUGGGAGACAGUUUUUUUUUUGAUACGGUACACUGUUUUAUCAACGUUAAUGUAGUGAUGCAGUUUUUGUACGAUCCGGAUAGUGUAACUAACGUUAGGAAACGAACCGCAGGAGAGCUUUUUUAUAGGAUUUUACACGCAAAAGCACUGAUAACUGAACAACAAAACAGAAACUCUAUGCAAGCCAUUUACUGAAGAUACAACAAGUCCUUUAUUAGUGUAAACAUGUUUUCUUUAUAAAUUUUGUAUAUAUUUGAUUAUGUCAUUUAGAUAUUUUGUUCACGAUACACUUAUAAGAGCGAGCACGGAAUCGUUGUUUCGCGCUACCUAGGUACGGAAUUUAUUUUAAAUAAUAAUGAUUUUUGGUACGAGAAAUGAUUGUAUAAACGAUUUUUGGCGCUAUCGGUGAAUCUGCAGAGAUUGGUCGCUUGCGCGAGAAACAGGAAAUAGUGAUGUCAUUACCUGAUGCCAAUACAAAAAGUAACGAAAAAAAAAUCUUAGAUCUGAAUCGGGAAAUGGUAUUACUGUCCAGAGACUAUCGGAAAAACUAUUAAUAGUAUAAUAUAUUUAAUCCAAACUGUUUUGUAAAUCGUCAAAAGUUUAGUUAUAAUUUAUUCAGAAUAUAAGAUAGACACAUGAUAUAGGCUACAGUAAGGUUUUGUGCUAAUCUUACUCAAUAAAAUUUGUGCAUUCUCAAUAAAC